GCCACAUGCCCUUUAUCUCUAAAGAGUGACGGAACCAAAUGGAUUUAGUUUCUUAGAAAAUGUUUCCUGACCACAUGACCUCCAUGACCACAGCCCGAGGAGGAUAAAAGUCCCCGAAUCACGGUGGAGGGACAGACCGAAAGAAACCGAGACCCACAUCAAACCAGAAGCUGAACCAGGCGAGAUGAAUUCAAACACAGUUUACUCCUGUGGACUGCUGCUUCUCCUGCUAAUCCAGGUCCAAGCCAGACCCAGGCCACAGCACGACCUCCAGACCUUGUCCAGAAUUUUAGAAGAGGAGUUGGAGCGCCUUCUGAUUCAGGAGGAGCUGGACAGCGAGGCUGACGAUACCGCUGUAGGGGAGGCCUCUCCAGAGGUAGAAAGUGUCCAACCUGAGUCGGAGCUGCCUUGGGACAGGGACUCCCGCGAUUUCCAAACCAGGCACAGCCUUCACGAUGCACGUUUAACUCGACUGCUCGCCUACAGCCCUCUCCGAUUCCGGGCCAGAAACAAGAAGGGGUCGGCGCGGGGCUGCUUUGGAGGGAAACUGGACAGAAUCGGUGCCAUGAGUGACCUGGGAUUGCCCGACUACACCCUCAGCUCUGGGAUACCCCAAUACCGACAGUUACUGCGACAUUCCCCAAUAAAUGAGGAACCUGUGGUCAGUGUGAGUGGAGAUAAAAGUCUUGGAGUGAGAGGUACAGAACCAGAGGACGAGGGCGACAGAUCCAUUGCCAACCAAGAGGUUCAAGAGAAGAUGAACGCACACGUCAGCUUCCCCUGUGGUCUCAUGCUUCUCCUCCUGAUCCAGGUCCAAGUCCAGGCGAGACCCAGAACAGGUGUGGACAGUCUCCAGAUCUUAUCCAGGCUCCUGGAAGAUGAAUACGGUCCCUACUUGUCCUCAGAAGAUUCGGACAUGGAGGCGGAGGAGGCAUCCCGGGCUGGAACUCUGCGUGAUCUGAACCUCGAUCAAGCCGACAUGGACCUUCUGUGGGACCGCGAUGCCAGAGACAUCGGGGGUAGAUCCUUCCAGCAUGACGGGCUCCUGCUCCGUCUCCUUAAAGAUCUCACUAUCAGCCCCCUACGAUUUAACGGCAGAAGCAAAAAGGGACCAUCAAGGGGCUGCUUUGGAGUAAAACUGGAUCGAAUCGGGGCCAUGAGUGGCCUGGGCUGCUAAUGAUUUCCUUUACGGGCUGACACCGAGCUGCAGCCAACUCUCUCCUCCACAUCCAAGUCACUGCAGCUUCAACCUCUUCCUCUUUUGCCCCACAAACUCCAACUGAUGUUGAGUAGAAUCCUGCUAUAGACUGUUUACGAGCUCUAUUCUCGGAUUAAAUGCUUAAUGUAUAUACAAGUGUCAGUUUAAAUACUAUUUAAAUCUAUUUAUAUUAAUUUAAACAUACUGUAUUUAUUUGUACUGUCAUUUCUGUUGCUGUGAGAAAUGACGAUCAGUCACUUCCUAUGAGUUCUGGUGCAAAAUAAAAUGAAAAACCUCA